AUGGUCCAAUCAGAGAUCUCAUCCAUAGAACAUGCAUUGACUCACCAUAUCAGGGUCUUUCUAUUCCAGCAUUUUUCAAAGGAGGGCCUCCGGCGAACAUGUUUCGCCACGUCAUUGGGAGUUUGUCUGUUUGCAGGUUCGGUAAUGACCUUCUCUUUAUUCACCGAUCCCCUCAUAUAUGAUCUCCAAUAUUCACAAUUACAGAUCAACAUCAUAGGAGGCUCUAUAGCUGCGGGGCUGUACUUCUUCCUACCAAUGCUCGGGUAUCUUGCUGAUCUACACGGACCCGUGCUUCUGGCUGCACUGAGCAUGUUAACAUUUGGACCUUCCUAUUUUCUUGCUGCCAUAGUUUACAAGUAUAAGCUGAGUUAUCUGCUGAUGUGCCUGGCCUUCAUGCUAAUAGGCGCAGCCACGGCCUCGCUCUACUUCUGCUCGCUACUGACAUGUGCCAAAAUAUACCCCCAGAGCAAAGGUUUGAGCAUAUCGGGGCCUGUGACUGCUUUCGGAGUCAGUGCCAUGCUUAUAACUCAAAUCACGAAGCUCAGCUAUUUUUCAAAGGAAGGUUCUUCCAUGACAGACCCAUUCAAGUGUUUCAUUGGCUUCACCAUACUGUACUGCGUUUUGAGUUUGCUCAACUGGAUUGCCUCCGUGAUGGUCACGGUAGAAAAGGAAGUGGUAUUUGAUACUCCAGAACAGAACUACGGGUCUACUGCUGAUUCUGAACCAUUUUCUUCUCCGGAAGAAGAGGCAAACCACAGGCGCACGUUUGACGCUUUCUUGAAAGAGCCCUCCACAUACAUGCUUCUAUUUGCCUUCCUCUUUCUAGCAGGACCCAUGGAAAUGUACGUGACGAACAUGGGUAAUCUUCUGAAGGUCGUGGGCACUUCUGGUGCGUCUUCUCCCAUCUCCAAACAGGUGAGUGCGUUCAGUCUUUCGUCUACUACGGCCAGACUUUUUGUGGGUGGUCUGAGUGACUUUUUGGAGAACAACAGCCGUCUCAAGGGCAAAUAUGCCAUUAUGGGUCUUCUACUAGUGACUUGCAUCCCUGGUUUAGUCGGGUUCUCCAUGAUCGCUACAAACCAGCCGCAUUUUGGCACUAUCACCACAUUGGUAGGCUGCACAUACGGUGCCGUAUUCAGUCUGUUUCCCACGAUAGUUGCAUCCAGAUGGGGCGUUGAAAAUCUGGGGUCUACCUGGGGAACGUUCAUGGUUGCUCCUGCUACUGGGAGCGUUUUGGCAGGAACGUUCUACGCAUUGCAGUACAGUAGGAGUUGUGUUGGUUCGGCUGAUAACACCUCGUGGAACUACUGUUUGACGUUGCCGUUUGGAAUCAUGGCAUUUGGGUUUGCAUUGGCAAUUGUGUUAAUUUUUAUUUCGUGGGGACAAUUCACACGUCAGAAUGAUAAGUAUGAGGCAUUAUCCCAACAUGAGCAGUCAUGA